AUGAGUAGACAUCCGCCGAAUAGUCAUUCAUCUGGGAAAAAGCCACCGCCGUAUUACGCCAAUUCAUAUUGGUGUCCGCAACCAUCGCGACUUCCUCUGCAUCCCCCCCCGUAUUCCGCAGCUAAGCCUCACCACCACUCUCAUACCACGGCGUAUCCUUACUAUAUGACAGGCACUGUCAUGGUCCCAGUACCCCUGGGGAAUAAUCCUCCCCAUGCCGAUCCUUCUGCACAGCCCACUUACGUCACCAACUACAUCUACAGUGGAGAAUCAGCCAGCGGAAGCCAAGUCAAGGUAGUACAAUCAUCAGAAGAUUUCGAUUGGAUCUCAACGACAGCAGCGACCGCUCACAAGUUGAAUGGAAAAGCCGUCCUUGGAGGAAACGAAGUUCAGUCUUCAAAUGCUCUCUGGGUGAUAAGGUCGUGGUAUUGCGGUGAUCUGAUCCCUGGGAAGCUAUCAGUGAAAUCGAAUAACGCUUCAGUGCCUUACGGCGGGAAAGAGAUCACCGUGCACAAUUUCGAGGUACUGUGCGCGAAGCCCGAAAACUUGAAAUGGGUGGGAGCAUCGGAAGGGAAUGUACCUCCUGGAGCAAUAGUGGGUGGUCACACAGCGAACGGUGAAACAUUGUACGUGGGUAGAGCGACGUACGCAGGUGGAUUUCGAAAUUAUAAUAUACCGGGUAAAGUGCACCAAAGCCAUCAAUGCUGUUACAUUGGAGUUGCAGGGAAAGAGGUCUCCAAAACUACGUAUGAAGUUUUGACAAGGAUUUAGGUGACCUUGUGAUAGUGUCGUGUUGUUGAUAAUCGCCCGCAAAUAUUUAACGGCAGUCACGAAACUAAUUUAUUAUAUCGUGAUCCAUUUAUUUUCAGAUAGGUUAAAGAUAAAAUCAAAUUCAUGUUCUAAACAAGCAAGAAACUGAUGCUGGCGAAUGGUAGCGAAGGCAUCAGAUUUCGCUACCAUUCGCCAGCAGAAUCGCUACCAUCAGGUAGCGAUUCUGCUCAUUGCAACAAUUGUAAAACGUUGUAAAUAAUAAUCGUAAUUCAGAGUUAUAACCAAUCAUAAAUAUGAUUUGUAUCUUACAUAAUGGCAUAAAUUUAAUCAUAAUAAAAUUUAAG